UCCUCCUCCUCUUCCUCCUCCUUCUCCUCCUCCUCCUCCCGGGCGUCAUGGCCGCCUCGAAGCCCGUGGAGUUGCCGGGCGGCGGCGGGGGCACCAGCGGGCUGUCCCGGUGGCAGCUGGCGCUGGUGCUGGGCGCGCCCAUCCUGCUGGGAGCCGGCGCGAUCUAUCUGUGGGGGCGGCGGGCGGCGCGGCGCGGGAAGGGCGCUAGCGAGAGGAAGACCCCGGAGGGGCGGGCGAGCCCCGGGCUCGGCGGCGAAGGCGGCUCCGGGCAGCCCGACGGGCCCGGACACGAGGAGAUGAGUCCUCUUGGUAGAGCCCAAGCAGCCAAGAACAAAGGAAACAAAUACUUUAAAGCAGGAAAAUAUGAGUUAGCUAUUCAGUGUUAUACUGAGGCUAUCAGCCUGUGUCCUCCUGAGAAAAACCUUGAUCUUUCUACCUUCUAUCAAAACAGAGCUGCUGCCUAUGAACAACUGCAAAAAUGGACAGAAGUGGCACAAGAUUGUACAAAGGCUGUUGAGCUUAACCCUAAAUACGUCAAAGCUCUCUUCAGACGUGCAAAGGCCCAUGAGAAGCUAGACAAUAAGAAGGAAUGUUUAGAAGAUGUCACUGCAGUCUGCAUUUUAGAAGCCUUCCAAAACCAGCAAAGUAUGUUAUUAGCUGAUAAAGUUCUUAAACUCCUUGGAAAAGAAAAGGCCAAAGAGAAGUACAAGAAUCGGGAGCCUCUGAUGCCCUCGCCACAGUUCAUUAAAUCCUACUUCAGUUCUUUCACAGAUGAUAUAAUUUCCCAACCUUUGCUUAAGGGUGAGAAAUCAGAUGAAGAUAAGGACAAGGAGGGAGAGGCUUCUGAAGUAAAAGAAAACUCUGGCUAUCUGAGAGCAAAACAAUAUAUGGAAGAAGAGAACUAUGACAAAAUUAUCAGUGAAAGCACAAAGGAAAUUGAAGCAAAGGGAAGAUACAUGGCAGAAGCUUUGCUUCUGCGAGCUACUUUCUACUUACUUAUUGGCAAUGCAAGUGCUGCCAAGCCAGACCUAGAUCAGGUCAUCAGCAUGGAAGAUGCAAAUGUGAAGCUGCGAGCCAACGCUCUGAUCAAACGGGGCAGCAUGUACAUGCAGCAGCAGCAGCCUGUGCUGUCCACCCAGGACUUCAACAUGGCUGCUGACAUUGAUCCUCAGAAUGCUGAUGUUUACCACCAUCGAGGACAGCUGAAAAUCCUGCUUGACCAAAUCGAGGAGGCUGUGGAAGACUUUGAUGAAUGUAUCCGAUUGCGACCCAAUUCUGCCUUGGCACAAGCACAGAAAUGCUUCGCUCUGUAUCGCCAAGCUUAUACAGGAAGUAAUGCUUUGACUGUGCAAGCAGCCAUGAAAGGCUUUGAAGAUGUCAUUAAAAAUUUUCCAAAGUGUGCUGAGGGCUAUGCACUCUAUGCUCAGGCACUAACUGAUCAACAGCAGUUUGGCAAGGCUGAUGAAAUGUAUGAUAAAUGCAUUGACCUUGAGCCAGACAAUGCCACUACAUAUGUUCAUAAAGGUUUACUUCAGCUCCAGUGGAAGCAAGAUUUAGACAAAGGAUUAGAACUCAUAAGCAAGGCCAUUGAAAUUGAUAACAAAUGUGAUUUUGCAUAUGAGACCAUGGGAACGAUUGAAGUGCAAAGAGGUAACCUGGACAAAGCCAUUGAAAUGUUCAACAAAGCUAUCAACCUGGCCAAAUCAGAAAUGGAGAUGGCACACCUCUACUCACUCUGUGAUGCUGCCUACGCUCAGACAGAAGUUGCAAAGAAGUAUGGAUUGAAACCACCAACACUGUAAAGAAACAAGGAGGAGAUGACCUUCCAAAGUGAAGUUGCCCACUUCAGCCAGCCCUAAAGACGCUGUUGCAGACCAUGCUGAAUGGUGGAACUUAGUUUUUUCCCGUUCGUGGUGUUGUCAUUUGCUACAUCUGUUAAAUGUUUAGGUGUUGUGGGAGUGGUUGUUCAAGGAAGUAUGCAGUGCUGCAUCUUGUUCCUUCUGCAGCAGAAACCUUAGAGUGUGUUAAGGGAAAUAAAGUUGCAGGGGAACCAAAGGAACAUAUUUUGGCCAUGCAAAUAAAAACUUCACACUGGUUCAUUUUGGGUGAUUAUGUUGUGGGCGAUUUUUGCUUUAUCAAAUAAUAUUACAGCAUGUGGGUUUUUUUCCUGUUGAUUUUAAAGGUAAUACUAGUCAGUGCUGUAAAAUAGGUUUUAUAUCCAAUUAAUCCUUGAGGGUUGAUUUUAAUUUUGCAAAAAUUAAUUUUCAAACUUUAAUAAUAGAGGGUUUUUUUAAGUCAGUAGAUGUGGAGAGGACACCUGUAAAUAUAUGCAAGCAUGCACAAUCUUCCCUUAAAUCCCCUUCCACCCUCUGCAUAACUUACUUAGGAAUAGUCCUGUGGCAGCUAUUAGGGAAUUAAUUUGGUAGUCCUUAUUCUCACCCCAGAAAGCCCUAGAAUACUGCAUAGGAGAGCUAGGAAAAAGGUUAACUGGGGAAGGAGGUCAGUAACACUGCUUCAGUGUAGACUUUACUGGAAGAAAGAAUGUAUUCCUGUGCAGCAGCCCUUACUUGAAUGUCAUGGGAAAUUGUUCUGGAGGGUUCAGAGACUUUCAAGAACAGAAAGCACUGCUGGGAGUCAAGCUCCAAAAGGUAAGGUCAUGCUUGCAUAUAAUCUUUGUAAUCUCUGAUGCUUUUGCAUAAGUGUAGCAGCUGAUAGACUAUCUAAAUUCUCUUCAGUCUCUAGAGACUGCUGGGUUAUGAUCUCCUUUUAAGAGCCCCUUGGCAGGAUUAAGUGAGAUAAGGAACAAAGCAUAGGCUCAAACUUCCAAUAAUGGAUUUGUAAACUGCACUCAUUUCCUUGUUCUGUAGAUCCUGUUUUGUCCAAAAUUUCAAAUACCGAAUGGAAGCAAUUGUGCUGCAAACAGCAGAUGGGCAAAUUAUGAAACAGUUUUCCUCUCAUUAGGAACUUCACAGAGGGCCCUCUUGCUUUGGGUUGAUCUUUCUGGUGUGGAGCUCAGUCGGUCCAUCUUGCCUUUCCCUGGACUGAUGUGGCUGGACAAACCUCAUGCAAAUGAUGUAGCUUAAUUUAUGCCACUCUGGUUUGGGCUUCUUUCCAUCCUGAAAUCAUAGAUUUGUUUGUGGUGAAUUGUCUAAUGUAUUUAACCUUUUAAAGAAAUGAAUGAUGCUGUAGUCAAACUGUCUUUGUCUGUAGUUGUGCCACCAUACAGCAGCAGCUUGCAUUUUCAACUUGACCUUCCUUUCUCCCAGCAACUACAGUUGAGUAUUCAAAUGGUGGAGAGUAGAGAUAAAGAUUUAAUCAUUAUUUUAGUAGCUCAUUAGGUGAUCAGAAAUCAUAGCACUGGUGAUAUUGAAGAUACGGGAAUGUACUGGCAGCUUCUAGGGGCACUGAAUGUGACGAGUGUCAAAUGUCUUCUCCAACUUCCAAUCUCUGCAGCAAUUACCUGAGAACAAAAAUAUGCCAGGCUGAUGAGUCCUGUUCUCCGAGGAGUUUUUAUUCGCAUGGCCUUAUUUACAUUGGCAUUUUCUCCUCAUCACCCCAUCUGUACCCCAUUCCUUACCCCACCCAAUCAAUUAAGGGAAAAAAGCAUGUGCUGUCAAUUAUUAGCAUUCCAAAUCAUCACAGACUUUUGCCUGUUCUUCAACUAGUUUGAAACUGCACUGAAAGGAUGCAUUGUCUGUAAUUUUUUUGUAAAUGACAUAUCACCUGUAAACUGAAAAAAUAAAUACUACCUUCAAGUA